AACACAGAGUAAAAGGUAAGAACCGCCCCCACCAAACAAAGAGAAGUAUAGCGCAAGAUUUCUGGUUUUCUCCAUAGAUUCUUUUUCCCAGAAUCAGAGUGCGAGAGAGAGAGAGAGAUUACCAUCGACCUUUAGUGAGGCCAUUGAUGGCGUAUCUCUUUCUAGCUCUCGAAUCCGGAGCUUCAGAUUAGUAUCUCGCUGCUUUGCGCGCACAAUUCUGCUGCCCAAAACCGUCUUCUCGGUGAAGUUUUGCCGAGAAUAUGGAAAUGAGUGGUUCGCGGAGCGACGGUAGUAGUAGUAGAAUGGAAGGAUGGCUGUAUCUGGUCCGCUCCAAUCCGAUUGGGCUUCAGUACUCCCGCAAAAGAUACUUUGUUCUUCAAGAUCACUUCCUCAAUAGUUACAAAUCCAUUCCCAUAUCUAGAGACGAGGAUCCUAUCAGAAGUGCAGUUAUUGAUUCUUGCAUCCGGGUGACAGACAAUGGGAGAGAAAGCAUAAAAAGAAGGGUCAUUUUUGUUUUCACUCUUUAUAAUACUUCAAAUCAUAACGAUCAGCUCAAGUUGGGUGCAACCAGUCCUGAGGAAGGUGCGAGAUGGAUUCAGGCAAUUCAGGAAGCAGCUUUGAAGGCAGACACAAAUCAAGGGGAUGCCUUGGAUUUCCCAAAGCAUGGCUCACAGUCUUUAAGGUUAAAUUGUUCGAACAGGUCUCAUCGCCGGGCAAAUUCCAUUGACUGGACUGCUUUUUCAUCCUCUGCUGCUGAUACAAGAUCUGAUGUUGUUGCAUCCUCAUCUUGGACAAUCUUUGGUUGUCAGAAUGGACUUCGGCUAUUUAAGGAAAGUAAAGAUAGGGAGUCUUAUAUGAAGUGGGAUGACCAUCCUGCAAUAAUGGCUGUUGGUGUAGUUGAUGGAACAUCAGAGGCCAUUUUUCAAACACUCAUGUCCCUUGGUCCUUCAAGAUCAGAGUGGGACUUCUGUUUAUACAAGGGCAGUAUGAUUGAACAUCUUGACGGCCAUACUGAUAUAGUUCACAAGUGUCUUCAUCGUAAUUGGCUCCCUUGGGGCAUGAAGAGAAGAGAUCUUCUAUUGCAGCGUUAUUGGAGAAGAGAGGAUGAUGGGACAUAUGUCAUUCUGUACCAUUCUGUGUUUCACCAGAAGUGUCCACCUCAAAAGGGAUAUGUCCGUGCCUGCCUUAAAAGUGGUGGGUAUGUAAUAUCACCCAUGAAUCAAGGGAAGGCCUCAGUUGUUAAACACAUGCUUGCUAUCGAUUGGAAAUUCUGGAAAUCUUAUGUACAAACAUCUUCAGCUCGAUCUAUAACCAUCCGCAUGCUGGGAAGACUUGCUGCUCUAAGGGAGUUGUUUAGGGCAAAAAUAGGAGAAUAUACAUCCUCUGAUUCCUCGGGUGAGCUGAUUAGAGGGAGAAGAUUGCAUCGAAUUGAAGAGAAUAAUGUUGAAGCCCAAACAAGAGUAGAGACUGGGAAGCAUAAGGAAGACAUGGAGGAAGAAGUUGUAAAGACACCUUCUGAACAUGCAAGCCUCACGGGGUUAAAUGAUGCUGCAGAUGAGUUUUUUGAUGUCCCAGAACCACUAGAUUGCGAGCAAUCAGAAAAUGGUUGGGCAUCUGACUUUGGGCCAGAGAUGUGUUCUCAGUUGAUUUUUCAGGAUACGCGCCAUCCAAAAGUGUCGAGUGCUGCUGUUUUUGUGAAGAAAUUGCAUGAUCUUGCAGUUCAGAAGAGGGGUUAUGUAGACCUACAUGAGAUGGCAAGGGAAGAUUGUUCAUCAUGCAACUAUGGAUCCACUCUUCCAAAAGAUCCACUUUGUAAUUUGCUUUGCAGUUGGACCCAAACAGAUCCCUCUACAUUUCUAAUUCGUGGAGAGACUUAUUUAGAUGAUCGUAAGAAGAUUAAAGCAAAAGGCACCUUGAUGCAAAUGGUUGGUGCAGAUUGGCUGAAAUCUGAUAAACGAGAAGAUGAUCUUGGUGGCCGCCAAGGGGGCAUUGUUCAGAAAUAUGCUGCAAAGGGUGGCCCGGAAUUCUUCUUCAUUCUCAACAUACAGGUCCCAGGUUCGACGACAUAUAGUCUUGCUUUAUACUAUAUGAUGGAUACUCCUCUAAAAGACACACCCUUGCUAAAAAGCUUCGUAGAAGGGGACGAUUCCUAUAGAAAUUCAAGGUUCAAGCUCAUACCUUAUAUAUCCAAGGGGUCAUGGAUUGUCAAACAGAGUGUUGGACGGAAAGCGUGCCUUAUAGGCCAGGCGUUAGAGAUAAAUUACUUUCGCGGGAAAAACUACUUGGAGCUUGGAGUCGAUAUCGGUUCAUCCACCGUGGCAAGGGGUGUGGUUGGCCUUGUUCUAGGCUACCUAAACAAUCUAGUUAUUGAAAUGGCAUUUCUCAUACAGGCCAACACACCAGAAGAGCUACCAGAAUAUCUUCUGGGAACCUGUCGUCUUAACCAUCUGGAUGCUUCAAAAGCAGUUAUUGUGAAACCUUGAUGAUGUAUAUUCCUUGGAUUCUCCCCUCUUCUAUUGAAGGAAAGCUGCACAUCUCAUCUAUAUCUAUUGAUUUGCACAGAAUCACACAGCAUUUCAAGUAACAUGUGGAUGUUGCCUAUUCUUUCAUUUAGACCAAUCAAAUGAUGUUUACUAAUUACUAUAGUAUAUUGUUGUGAAUACACAAUUCUUGUACUGGGGUUUACUCAAGAUUGAGAUUUAACAUGUUAAGGAAUAUAUUUUACUUCAACCCA